GCCGACUCCCAGUCUGGUAUGUAAACAAGGUCAGACACUGCAGCAGUCGGAUCAAACACUUUCAGCACAGAUUGGCUGCUUAGUUUUAACGCAAGAGAAGAAUAAUUUUUUUUAAUCUAACGUCUGAGCAGAAAGGGUUCUGUUACACACCAGCCAAGAUGAUGCAGUGUUUUCACUUCAUGGUGGAGCCGGCCAAAACCUUAACGGCCAAGAUAAAGGAAACACACAAGAGAACGAAGAAGGACAAGAGGGAGCCUCUGGACGAGGAUCAGUUGUUUGUUGUGGAGCUGGCCCAAGAUCUCAGCCGAGUGUGCCAGAGGUCAGCAGUCCUGGAGCACAUCUGGAACCAGGAUGACGUUUGGCCCACUUCUCUUUGCAGGGCUUUUAUCCUGCAGUGGGCUUCCAUGUUGGAGAGCAAGAAGAGGCCCAUGCAGACAGAUGGCUGGCCCGAGAUGGAUGAGGGCAAACAGCCAAAACUGAUUAAUGAGCAAGAUCUCCAGCAGGCCAAAACUGUGGUCCUCAACUGGAUCAAGGACCUGAGAGCUCAGCCUGAGCAAAGUGUGUGGCCCGGGGAACCUGUAGCAAAGGUUCUGGAGGACCUCCAGUCCGCCUGGCGCUGGGGUCGCACAUCCAACCUGCUGACCGCUAUGGAGCUGGUUAUGUGGACUUUAAUGGUGCAGCGCCCAGAUAAGGACACCCUACCACAGCAGUGGCUCAUGUGGAAGCAGAGGACUCAGAAGAGUGGUGCCAUAUCCUACAUUCCUCAGCCAGUGUGGGAUUGGAUCUCAGAUGCUGCAGUGGAGGUGACCCUGGAUUUGGACACAGCGAACCCUGAUCUGCUCAUCUCUGCUGACGAGAAGAAGAUGCGAUGUGGCUUUGAGAGGAAGGAUGUCCCCAACUACCACCAGCGCUUCGACGGCUGGUGGUGUGCUGUGGGGAUGGAGGGCUUUAACUCCGGCCGCCGCUACUGGGAGGUGGAGGUGGGCGAGCGUGACUGGCGGCUGGGUGUGGCCAAAGAGUCAGCCUUGAGGAAGGGCUUCAAGUCCCUGAACACAGAUACGGGAUAUCUGACCCUGCGACUGGAGAGGGGCACCGAGCUGAAGGCACUGACAGUGCCCUUCACUGCCCUGUCCCCGGGCUUCAUUCCCCGCAAGGUGGGCAUCUACCUCGACUACGACUGUGGCCAGCUGUCCUUCUAUGAUGUAGACAAGCGCUGUCACAUUUACACCUACAAUGAGAGCUUCACUGAGAAGCUGUUUCCCUUGUUUGGUACGGUGGAGAUCGUCAAGGAUCUGGUGAUCAAGUCUCCAGCAGCUAAAUCCCAAUUUCUCUGCCCCACACUUUGCGUCUGGGGUUGAGUCUCCUUCUUCCACAUGCACCUUUAAAAGCCAGUAGAUAUCAUAAAAAAAUCUAACAAAUCAGGUUAUAUAAUAAUCACUGGAAGUAAUCAGAGAUCCUGAUGUAAAACACAAUCAUCGUGCUAUUGAAUAGCUCCACUGUAUGACCAAGCUCUGUGCUGCUGCUUUAACGUGAUCGUUGCAACCACUUUCUCAUUCUAGAGCUAUAGUACUACACUUUGCUCGAAUACAUGAUGUAUUUUCAUAUACUUGAAAGGAAACCUGUCAUAUUAAUGUAAGGCGUUGUACAAUGUUAACCCUGCAAUAAGAAUGCGUUUCUGUGAAUAAUAAAUAAACCAAAUCCA